UCCGGGGGCCUGCCCUGCGCGUGCGCACUGCGGUUCUGCGCUUGUCAUCAUGGCGACGCGGGGCCAUGUGCAGGACCCUAACGACAGGCGCCUCCGGCCCAUUUACGAUUAUCUUGACAAUGGUAAUAAUAAAAUGGCAAUUCAGCAAGCAGACAAACUGUUGAAAAAACAUAAGGAUCUUCAUUGUGCUAAGGUUUUAAAGGCAAUUGGUUUACAGAGAACUGGAAAACAAGAGGAAGCCUUCACCUUGGCACAGGAAGUAGCAGCCCUUGAACCCACAGAUGACAAUUCGCUGCAGGCACUAACUAUUCUUUACCGGGAGAUGCAUCGACCGGAGUUAGUUACAAAACUUUAUGAGGCAGCUGUGAAGAAAGUUCCCAAUAGUGAGGAGUAUCACUCUCACCUCUUCAUGGCCUAUGCCAGAGUGGGUGAAUACAAGAAAAUGCAACAGGCUGGCAUGGCUCUAUAUAAGAUUGUCCCCAAAAACCCUUACUACUUUUGGUCUGUGAUGAGCUUAAUAAUGCAAUCUAUAUCGGCACAGGAUGAAAACCUCUCAAAAACAAUGUUUCUGCCCCUUGCUGAGAGAAUGGUAGAAAAAAUGGUAAAAGAGGACAAGAUAGAGGCCGAGGCGGAAGUUGAACUUUAUUAUAUGAUCCUGGAACGUUUAGGAAAGUACCAGGAAGCCUUAGAUGUCAUCAGAGGGAAAUUAGGAGAGAAGUUGACAAGUGAGAUUCAGAGUCGGGAAAAUAAAUGCAUGGCUAUGUACAAGAAGCUGAGCAGGUGGCCAGAGUGCAAUGCCCUUUCCAGGCGCCUCUUACUGAAAAACUCAGAUGACUGGCAGUUCUAUUUGACUUAUUUCGAUUCUGUCUUUCGACUGAUUGAAGAGUCCUGGACUCCUCCUGCUGAAGGUGAACACUCUUUAGAAGGAGAUGUACAUUAUUCUGCAGAAGAAGCUGUGAAGUUUAUAGAAGAUCGAAUAACAGAAGAAUCUAAAAGUUCUCGCCGUCUCCGAGGACCACAUCUAGCUAAAUUGGAGCUGAUUAGGCGUUUACGAAGUCAGGGUUGUAAUGAUGAGUACAAACUGGGUGAUCCAGAAGAAUUAAUGUUCCAGUAUUUUAAAAAGUUUGGGGAUAAGCCUUGUUGUUUUACAGACCUUAAGGUGUUUGUUGACCUCUUGCCUACUACACAGUGUACAAAAUUUAUUAAUCAGUUACUUGGAGUUGUUCCUUUGUCGACACCAACAGAAGAUAAGUUGGCACUGCCUGCUGACAUCAGAGCUCUGCAGCAACAUUUAUGUGUGGUGCAGCUGACAAGGUUACUUGGCUUAUACCACACCAUGGAUAAAAAUCAGAAAUUGAAUGUGGUCAGAGAAUUGAUGUUAAGGUACCAGCAUGGACUGGAAUUUGGGAAAUCCUGUUUGAAAACAGAAUUGCAAUUUUCUGACUAUUACUGUCUUCUUGCUGUCCAUGUGCUUAUUGAUAUAUGGAGAGAAACAGGUGAUGAGACCACCGUGUGGCAGGCCCUGACUUUGCUAGAAGAAGGAUUAACCCAUAGCCCUUCCAAUGCUCAAUUCAAAUUGCUGCUUGUUCGAAUCUACUGUCUUCUGGGUGCAUUUGAACCAGUGGUGGAUCUUUACUCCAGCCUUGAUGCUAAGCAUAUCCAGCAUGAUACCAUUGGUUAUCUUUUGACCCGAUAUGCUGAAUCUCUAGGUCAGUAUGCUGCUGCUUCCCAAUCCUGUAACUUCGCACUCAGGUUUUUCCACUCCAACCAGAAAGAUACCUCAGAAUAUAUUAUUCAAGCUUACAAGUAUGGUGCGUUUGAGAAGAUCCCAGAGUUUAUCGCUUUUAGGAACAGGCUGAAUAAUUCUCUUCAUUUUGCACAAGUCCGUACUGAACGGAUGCUGUUAGACCUUCUACUUGAAGCAAAUAUAUCAACCAGCUUAGCAGAAAGUAUAAAGUCAAUGAAUCUUAGACCAGAAGAAGAUGACAUUCCAUGGGAAGAUUUGCGAGACAACAGAGACUUAAAUGUUUUCUUCAGCUGGGAUCCAAAAGACAGGGAUGUUUCUGAAGAACAUAAGAAACUUUCCUUGGAGGAGGAGACCAUGUGGUUACGAAUCCGUUCCUUAACACUGAGGCUGAUUAGUGGGCUUCCAAGUCUUAAUCACCCUGUGGAGCCAAAGAACUCAGAGAAGACUGCUGAGAAUGGUGUAUCCUCCCGGAUUGAUAUUCUUCGUUUGCUCGUUCAACAGCUGGAGGUAGCCCUGGAGACAGGAAAGCGGUUCAUUGAGAAGGAAAUUCAGUAUCCUUUUCUUGGUCCUGUACCUACCAGAAUGGGUGGAUUUUUAAAUUCUGGCUGUUCUCAUUGUCAGAUAAGCUCUUUUUAUCUUGUUAAUGACAUUUAUGAGCUGGAUACCAAUGGUUUAGAGGAUACAGUGGAGGUCCAGGAGCGAAUAGAGAAUAGUCUUAAGUCUUUGUUAGAACAAUUAAAAAGUGUCUUCAGUAAAUGUAAAGGUGAUCUCUUAGAAGUUAAAGACAGUAACUUGAAAACACAUCCUACUCUUUUAGAAAAUCUAGUCUUCUUUGUUGAGGUAUGUUUUUGUUCUCUUUGUGAAAG